AUGCGCUUUGUUGUUUGGUUAGCUGUUGCCCUUGCUGGUACUGUUACAGCCAAAGGCACUAAGCCGGAAGCCUCUGGCAGAGCACCAGCAAAGCCAACAGUCAAGCGCGUUCAACAGACUGUCUCAAAAUCCACCAAGACAUCCUCGGCCUGCUUCUACGACGACUACACUCCAAAGGCCGACGCAGGUCCUAGCGAUGACUCUGUCCAGAAGCGUUCGAUUGGCGGUAGAAUUCUCAUCGAAAAGCGAAAGUUGAACGAGGUCCCAACCAAGUUCGGCAAUUGCGAGUUCGCAGCCAAGGCAGCAGGGUUAAAGUACAGAAACAACCCGACUGUGGAUAAUGUUCUGAAUAACAUCAAUGGUGCUGGAGCCAUUCCAAAGUGGUUUAGCUUGAACGAUGAUUGCAAGGCUGCACCUGGAUUCGAUGUUGUUGGAGACUCUCCUGCCCGUAAGGAUAAGGUCCAGACGGUUACCGCCAACGGAAGGGUUGUGGAAAUCCCCAAAUACAAUGUCGAUCACGUAUGGGAGCUGAAGCUUAUGACGAAGUUUUUCGAAUCUGUCUUGCCAGGACCCAAAAGUCCAGGUGCAACUCUUACCUGCGCUGACUUCGAAGCAUCGUUCCUCGUUACCGGCGCAAAACCGGCCGAUCAGCCACUUCAGAAGCUAUACGACCGCAUGCCUCAAGCACUGGAACGCCCAAGACCAGAGAUUGACACACUGGAGUUCGCAGGUACCUCUGUCGAGUUGAACGCAAAGAAGGCUAGGAUCUUGACGCCAAAAGCGGACGCUUCAAGUCUUUUCGGAUUCAACCACCUCGCCAGCCUUCAGAACAUCAAAGACAAAAUUCACGCCCUACGCACAGUCAGUACCACUAUCGCCAUGAUGAACGACGGACGCGUUGUCAAGCUGUUCGACCGCGCACAGGACCGACUUAAAGUCUAUAUGGGGGAAGUCGACACACGCAUCGCGAACCCUGCCAACAAGCUCAGACUCAGCCGCACUGGCUUCACCUGGACUGAUGCUUUCAAAAAAUGGAUGGAGAAGUACAUCGCCGAUCGAGGCGACGAGACAUGGACCUGGGUGCGCGACAUGAUGCUCGAAGUGCAGAAGGACAUCAACAAGAUGCCCAGUAAAACCGAGGCCGAGAAAACAAGAAAGGCAUUGCAUCAAGAGUAUUUGGAUACGUUCAAAAAGAGUGCCUACAGUAAGCAAUCGCAUUAUACGGUGAAGUGGAAAGCGUGA